AUGGUGCGAGCAACCCCGCUCCUGGUUGCAGGUGCUGGCGCCCUGGUUGCGCCCUGCUUCCUUGCGCCCUGGGGAGAAACCACAUCGCGCUCCCAUCAGCUGAGGGGUGAUGCCGCUGAGAGGGAGCGCGGCACUGGGACCUCUUCCGCGGCGCCAAGCGCGGCGGUUGCCGCGCUGCCGGUGGCGGGCCUCCUGGCGGCGGCUGGGCGACGCUCGCGUCAGCAGCGUCGCGCUGCGGCGGCCGAAGCCGAACCAGAGCCCGUCUUUGACCCCAGCAAGGAGCCAGGUGUGACCCUGCCGCUGCGAUACUUCGACCCUUUGGGCUUUGCAAAGCAGGGGGAUCGUGAAGGCUUUUACCAGCUGAGAGCAGCUGAGCUGAAGCAUGGCCGCGUGGCAAUGAUUGCGGCAGUGGGAUGCGUAGUGCAGCACAACGUCAAGUUCCCAGGCUUUGAAGACGUACCUACUGGAAUUCAGGCUGCGAUCACACCUCCUGGCACCUAUGGCAUGCUGGCAAUUUUCGCUUUGGCUGGUGCGCUUGAGCUGACCAUCUUCAAACAGGAUCCAGACAUGGACCCAGGAGACUUUGGAGAUCCAGCUGGCUUCGGGCAGUACUACACCGAGUGGAAGGAUCGGGAGCUGAACAACUGCCGCAUGGGCAUGGUUUCCUUCCUGGGCAUUGUCGUUGCAGAGUUGGCUACUGGCAAGGAUGGUGUAGAGCAGAUUUGGACGCCCCUGGGAAACCUGACGGGCAGUCUCGGCUCAAGUCACCGGACGACCGUGACGCAGCAUUGCCACUCCGUCACCAUGGCCAUGAAGUAUUUGGGCGCGUAUUUGAUGGCUGUCCUGGGCGGCAAGGAAAGUCCCAGCCCAAGCGACAUCAAGGCGAUCUUGGAGGCCGGUGGCAUCAGCUAUGAGGACGACAUGCUGACAACGCUUUGUGAGAAGAUGGAGGGCAAGCAGGCCCACGAGCUGAUCACCAGCGGUUUCGGCAAGUUCGCCGCCUGCGGCGGCGGCGGUGGCGGCGGCGGCGGCGGCGGUGCUGGCGCCGCAGCCGGUGGCGGUGAUGGUGGCGAUGCUGGUGCCGUGAAGGAGGAGAAGAAGGUCGUGGAAGAAGAAGAGGAAGAGGACUGGCCAUGGGGAAGGAUAUGGAGUUCGACCUCUUCGGCUGAGAGCAUUCGAGACAGUGAGCCCAUUACACCGGUGCUUCAACGUGCCGUGCCAAACUGUUCACUUCACUUGCGCUAUGGCGGCUGUAGUUUGAUGUUUGCACGGAGGGAACUUGUAAGGGGUCAGAGUUCCAGCCGUCAGGAGGACUUGGCGUCGCAGGCGAAGAACUCUUCGGGAAGCUUUUUUGGGGAGGAGGAUCCUUGGCUGCUCCAUGACGAUGGCAACGGCUUAGUGUUUCCAUCUUUUGAUGUUUUCCCAGAAGAACUGCGGAUUGGUCCUUGGUCUCUUGCGGCCAAAGUUUUCUUGACCGCUUUGGUGCUGCUGGUGAUCUUUUCCGUUCCCAUGCUGGAGAUGCCAAAGAUUCAGUCGACGGAGCACAAGCCUUUGUAUGCGGCUGUGUCCAUCUACAUGCUGCUGGUCCAAGCUCACACAGUGCACAAGUACAAAGGUUGGCCCUUGGUCACCUACACCUGCGUGUCCUACUUUCUGUUGAACCUACAUUUUCUCUUUCAUGCCCUGAACUUGCCCUCAGCAGCUGAAGUCUUGCGCUUUUCAUCCCUGGCUAUGGCGACAGUGACAACCACAGUAUGGUGGUUGGUGCUGGUCCCAAUUUUGCUGGCCGUGUGCGGCCCGGAGAAAUACCGCGCCUUCGUCAGGAUGAACUUCAGUAUAUUCCUGCUGAACGAACACUUAUUCAACUUGCCAAUGGCAUUUCUAAGCCAUUGGCUCCUGCCCAGAAAAUUGGUCUUCCUGGAUUUUUGGGUCGCCACUGUGUUUGCCACAGGCUAUUUGUUCUUUUACCUCUUUGUCUUAGACGCCAACGGUGCCCAUUUCUACAUCAUCUUGUCCCCACGACCAUGGUGGUGUAUCUUUUCCUACACGGGCAUUUUGUUGAUCUACGCCGGACUCUUUUGGGCCUUUUCCUGA